AUGGCUGACGAUACACGACAAACUACAGCACCUAUUCCGUCCCAAAAUGCGGGCGAGCAACCCUCGGAGCAACCAUCGAAGUCGAAACCAAAGUAUGAGCGCCCACAGUCGCAAGUUGGGAAAUUAUGGGAAGCAUUUGGAAACCCGGAAGAGUCAGCGAACAUGCUACCAACGGCGUCUGGAAAGAAACCGAAUGAUGUUUCGGUCACGGAGGCUAUGAAAUCAAUGUCGAUGAAAGAUGCGGCCUCGUUCUACAAAGCGCCGUGUGCGCGCGAUUCUUUGCUACUCGGCAUUGGCGCUGGUUUCGGCGUUGGCGGGGUGAGGGGUGUUCUGGGAGGAACGCGUUCUAUAUGGUCUGCAUGUAAUUGGGCUGUCGGUAUCUUCGCCAUUACGUCUCUCGCCGCGCAUGAGUUCUGCCAACGCCGCCGGAUACAAGAAUUGGACGGAAUGAAACAAGCCGUGGAAUUGAUGAAGGAUUUGAAGAUUAAAAAGCAGCGUGAGAAGGAACAGCAGAUUGCAGACGCUGCCCGCUUAGCGGAAGAAGAGAGGAAACGCCAGAGUUGGACGAAUUUAGCAAACUACAAGUUUUGGUAG